AUGUCUAAGUCAUCAUCCAUGACGCCCUCCUCUAACAAGAAUACUAUGAAUAAAAAGAAUAGGUCUAAAACCAAAGGACAAGUUGAUAAUACAGCUGGAACUGCCGCUGUCUUAGUAACUGCUGCAAAUGACGGCAGCAAUGAUAUGAACACAAACAACAAUAUAGAUGAUUCUGAGGAAGUUGGAAAAGCAAAUAAUUCCACAACAAAAUCUCAAGAUAAAACACACGUUGUAGAUCCCAGCACUUUGGCGGCAGCAACGGCCAUUGUUAAAGCAGCCGGAAGUACAGGAGGAACAUCCGAACCGAACAACAAAACAAACCAGGGAUCUGAAAAUCUUCACAGUAAAGAACGUCAUGUUUGUGAUGUAGAUCCUGAAACACUCAAAGCAGCAGCUGUUAUAGUAGCAGCUGCUUCACAGGAUAUAAAGGGGGAUAUGGAACAAACUUCAGGAGAUCAAAAGGGCAACAGCGAAAGAGUACCUGAAAAUCAAACGAAAAAGAAUAAUGAAAGGGGACAUGGCGAAGAAUUUGACUAUACCAAAAUUGAUGCAUUAAGCCCAGUUGCUCUUGCUGAAGCUUCCAAAACCAUUGCUGCUUCAAUAAAGCAAAUGAAUGAUAAAGGGCCACAAAUGAAGGCUGUCGGUACCAAUUUUGCAAAUGGCAAACAAUCGUUUUCAGACAAAGAACCGCAAAGAAGCUUCAGUCCAAACACAGUUGCGACAGCUCGUGCAAUCGUAGCUACCUCAAAACAAAGUAACGGAAACCAGAUUGCUAAUGGUGCUUCUUCUAGAUCAUCGAACGCGGCAUCUAGUCAAUCAACUUCAAAUAGGAACACGUGUGUAAGUCCAAAUACAUUGACUUCCGCUAUGACAAUCAUUUCAGCAUCUGAAAAUCACCCAAACGAAUUUGACAUUCUUACAAGUGACAGAGCAAAGAAAACGGAAUCAAAGGAGAUGACGAAGCAAACGAAAAAGGGAAGUAAGAAGAUCAAUGUCGUCUCUGGAAGAAUAAAUAUGAACGGCGCUAAAGGAAGGAAGGCUUCCACAAGCACAACACCGAGACACAAUCAAAAUAUGAAAAAAAUAGUCGACGUUGAUGUAAAUGAUGAUGAAUAUUUUACUGAUUCCUCGAUUCAUUCAAGUGAAUUUGAUUCCUUAUCAGAUGAGGAUAGCGAGGAGGAGAGACUAGCCGAAGUUAAAGAAAGAAAAAAGAGUGUUGCACAAGCAAUGAAGAAAAAAGACCUGAAAGACCUCGUUUAUCAACUGCAAGAAUUCAAGAAAAACAAGGACCCACAUGACGAAGCACUAGUUGGAGAGGCAACAAAGAUGAUAUCACAACUGAGAGCUAAGGAGGACCUGAAAAUGGCAUGCAACAUUCGGGAGGUUCCUGCCCUUGAGAGAGCUAUUCGUAAAGCGAAGAAGGUCAAUGAUGGCAAAGCGAUAGACAUACAGAUUAUCUUGGCAUCUCAACUCCUCAAGCGACUUAAUCGUAUCGAGCGUCUAUCACGGACUGUGCUUCAAAUAAACCAGAACGCUCUCGUGGAGAUGAAAAAGUACAUAACCCCGCCAACCGGUGUCCAUGAAGCUCUGCAUGCCACCUUCCUCAUCCUCGGGGAACAACCUUCUUCGUUGACGACUUGGAAGUCCUGCCAGUCUCUUUUGUUUAAAACGGGGAAAGAAAAUAUAAUGAGGCGAAUAUCCGGAUUUAAUCCGAAGCUCACAUCCAAGGACGUCGCCGCUACAGCAAAGAAAAUUAUCGCGCCCUACUCCGUCGUACAGAUCCGCGACGCCAGCCUCGGUGCUUCCGCUUUCUAUGUGUGGGCCAAGGGCAUGAUCGGUGAGAUUGAAACAACGGGGAGGAGCGGAUCCAGAGCAGAGCAUGCGCGUUCGACUCGGCAGUUAGCGCCUCGUUCUGCUGUUUUACCUGAUGAUGCUAUAGACAGGGCAGACACGAUAGUCCUGAUGAUGUGA